CGAGUUUCCACUUUGCUGGAAAAGAGAGCAGAAUCAACUCUUCCAGACAAAACAAACAAAACCAUGGACUGACCCCAAAGCCCUAUGGGCGACGGGUCUUAAAAACAUGGUGCUCAUAGCCGACACCACAGUAAACCAACAAUCAAACCCAAAAAGGCAAAAACAAAUAUAUAUAAACACCACCCCCAUGGCUUACUCUUCUUACUUCAAACUCAUCCAAUAAUCUUUCAUCAUGUGUAGGUCACCCGAUUACCCAUCAUUUUCAAAGGAUUCGCAACAUUCAGAUCCACUCACAAUCACAGCUUUCUAUGUUCGCGUUCACCCUUCACUGUUCGAAUUCCAAGACCACGAACCCGAUUUCCUGACUCUCCUCCUCAAUCCAGCAGCUACUACCAUUUCUCUCCGUAGGAUACGGCUUCCCAAUCAUGAAUUUGUAUACGCAAGCAAGCAGAAUGUGCGAGCCACGACCAACGUUAUGAGGUUUCAACUCUUCGAUGGGAAAACCAAGCUCUUGAAAGGGGCUAUAAGGAUAGGAGACGACAACUGCGAGGUGAUCCCUUCAAUUUUAGGGGCGGAGAUUUGGGUUUCUAUUGCAACAAAAUCUGCUAAGACGGUUUGUAACAACAAAAAUAUGAUAAAGAAGAAGUCAAAGUUAGAGGACAUUCCAGAGGAGGCAGAGCUUCGUGCUGAUGAUGGAGAUAAUCCAGAAAUAAAAGAAGCCGCCAUACACUUGGAAAUGGAUUUGGAAGUACUGAGGAAAGCCAUGGACAUGGGGAUUUGGGCACUCUGCCUGGGUUUUGGUUUCAUGGUUUCCAAAAGCUUCCAUCACAGCUUCCGUGCACGCCCAACAUUCUUUUAAUAUAUAAUUGUCGCCAUCUUCGUGGAAAAUUUUUGGUUUUUUUUUUAGAUGUCUAAUUUGAACAACUUGUGUAUAUUCGAAAGAAAUAUAAAUGGUUAGUAGGUGUUGUGAAAAUAUUUUUUGUUUUUAGUUGUUUGUUUUUAUUUUUAAAAAAUGAUCCGCCGGGUAAAUUUUCUUUGGAAAAUCCGCCACAAAUUGUUUACACUAAAUUCGACGGUAAUUCAAAAAUAUUUUCUGUGA